AUCCUCAGCAGCAGCAGCUCAGAGAGAAGCACGUAGAGACGCGCUGCACAGAGCAGUGACCUCUGGCUGAGUCCAUGACUUUCAAACUUUAUCUGAAGUGGAAAACUAAACCUCAGUGCCUCAUGGGUUCCUAACACGACAGUUGGAUAUCUUUCUUUUAUUGUUUCUCUGAGGUUUUUAUUUUUACUUUAAUGAGGAUUCAGUCCUUGAUUUUUGUUGGAUGAUGAAGAAGGUGAUCUCAGCUAUUCUACUGCUGGCCAUUUUUCUGCAAAUAACUGGUGUAUCUGCCAUCCAACUGCGAUUUAUGCCUGAUCCACCAACUCUCAACAUCUACGGCACUCACCGGAUGAACAAAUCUGACAACCUUGAACUAACAUGCAGAGGUCGACAGCUCCUGCUGUGGUCCACCCCUCCUACGAGCAACCGCCUCUCCACCAGUGACUGCAGUGGAUCAGGGCUUUUCUGUACCACCUUGACCAUUACAAACGCAACUGUGAAUGAAACUGGACAGUAUCAGUGUUAUUACAAAGAUCUGAAGGCUGAAGACGGCAAGACAGCAGCAGGAGUCUAUGUCUUUGUUCAUGAUUCCAAGGUGCCAUUUGUGCCCUCUGAGAAGGAAUAUGAGGUAGUCUUCAUUCGUGAAGGCGAGCGUGUGGUUAUACCCUGCCGAGGCUCAGUGGAGAAUCUCAACGUUACGCUCAACACCAACUAUCCAAUCAAGGAGAUCCAUCCCGAUGGGAAAGACUCGCUCUGGGAUCCCAAGAGAGGUUUCAUCUUACCCACCCAUCUGAUAAGCUAUGCUGGAGUAGUGUCCUGCCAGACUCGUAUUGAAAAUGAGACAUUCAAGUCCCCUCUCUACAUCGUUGCCGUUGUUGGAUACAAGAUCUAUGACCUCAAACUGACCCCCACUCAUCAGAGGCUGUCCGUGGGGGAGAGGCUGGUGCUAAGCUGCACUGCCACCACAGAGCUCAACGUGGGCAUCGAGUUCAACUGGACCCACUCUGGAGUGCCCCUGAUUUUAGGCAGUGGUUCCCACACAAUACCCCACAAGAAGAAGCUGUGGGACUCUUUGGAGCUUUCCAACAUGCUGAUAGUGGAGAACGUGACAGUGGAUCAUUCUGGAGAUUUCACCUGCACAGCAUCCAGCGGACAGAUGGAGAAAAGGGCCUCUGCACAUCUUACAGUUUUUGAAACGCCUUUUAUUGAUAUGACAGAACCCUGGCCAAAAGUGUGGGAAGUUAACAUGGGCGAUCAGAAACCAACGGAGAUCCCUGUGAAGUACUCGGCGUACCCAGAGCCCAGCUUAAAAUGGUUAAAAGAUGGCCAACCUCUGUCCAAGGAAAACUACAGAAUAAAGCACAAGGGUGAUUUUCUCAUAAUCCGUGGAGCCACUGAGGAGGAUGCAGGCAUCUAUACUGUGGUCCUGACCAACAAGAUCACUAAAGAUGAACAGAGGCGCUCCUUCAGACUGCUGGUCAACGUGCCCCCUACAAUAAUCGAGAAAGGGAGUGGCUACAGUGAUGUAUAUGAGUAUGGAAAAAGUACUACCCUGUGGUGCACUGCCCAUGGAAUACCAACACCUGAGUAUGUCCAGUGGCAGUGGAUGUCAAAGGAUGACUGCCCAGGAGCCUUCAUGCCAGUGAUAAACAGCACAGAGGACCAGUUGAAGAACUGCACAGCUUGGAAAAAUAUCACUGUCAACGGUGUCUGUAAUCAAGCAGAAAUCCAAAAUAACAUCGACCGAGCCCAAAAUAAAUUUAUAAGUGCAUUGAAGAUUCAAAAAGCUGAGACCCAUUCCCUUUAUAGGUGCAAUACAUCUAACAAAGUUGGAAAGGAUUCGCGGAACAUCUUUUUUCGUGUCACACGUGAUAUAGAGGUGAGCAUGUCUCCCUCUGAUAAGCCCAUGGAGCAGGACGAUGUGGUCCUGCGGUGCAAAGCAGACAAUCUGCUGUACAAUAAGCUGGCCUGGUUCCGUGUCAUAAAUCAGUCUCCAUCAGAGCAGGCUGAGUCUACCCUGCCCUGUAGCUCACUGACCCUGCAGCCCCUGCCUCAGGCUGUACUGUCCAUUCUGCAUGGCAACAUCACCCUGGAGCUGAUGUUGCACAAUGCAUCCCGUCAGGAUGAGGGUCUGUAUGCCUGCCAGGUGAAGAACAUCAAUACAGCAAAAAGUACCUGCAUUCUGCGCCACCUGUCUCUCAGAGAUCUUGAGGCUGCAAGAAUACGUAACAAUUUCACUGACCAGAAGGUGAAUGUGAGUGCAACUAUCACUUUUCACUGUGAUACUGUUGGGACUCCGAAUCCUAAAGUAGUAUGGACCAAAAACAACCACACUGUGGAAAUAGGCUCAGGUGUGAUUCUGAACCGGAACAACCUGACUAUUCAGCGUGUGAAGAAGGAGGACAGUGGUCUGUACACUUGCAAAGCAUGCAACAGACACGGCUGUGAUACUUCACAGGCUUAUUUGAUUGUUGAAGGUGCAGAGGAGAAGACUAAUGUGGAGCUGAUUGUCCCCAUUGGCUCAGUGGUUAUCGCCAUGUUUUUCUGGCUUUUGAUCGUCUUCGUCAUUCGUGGACGAAAGAGACCAACUGGAGGAGACCUAAAGACCGGCUACCUGUCCAUGAUUCUGGAUUCGGAGGACAUGCCCAUGGAUGAACAGUGUGAAAGGCUCACAUAUGACGCAAACAAAUGGGAGUUUCCUCGGGACAGGCUGAAGCUUGGUGAACCACUGGGACGAGGGGCAUUCGGUCAGGUUGUGGAAGCAGCUGCCUUUGGCAUUGAGAAAGCUACUACAUGCACCACUGUUGCAGUCAAGAUGCUGAAGGAGGGAGCUACUUCCAGUGAAUAUCGUGCCUUGAUGUCAGAGCUAAAAAUUCUCAUCCACAUCGGUCAUCAUCUGAAUGUUGUCAACCUGCUGGGAGCUUGCACCAGGCCCGGAGGACCCCUGAUGGUCAUUGUUGAGUACUGUAAACAUGGUAAUCUAUCCAGCUACCUGAAGAGCAAGCGUGGAGAGUACAGUCCCUAUAAGAAAAAGCAGGUCAGUAACCAGAGAUGGGCACCCACUGAUGAAGAUGUGACGGAAGGAGAUCUUGGAUUGGGCAAAGUCGCCCAGCUGGAUAUAUGCACUGGAACAGCUGAGGACAAAACUUCAUGGACCAGUAGUGACCCUAUAGAUGAGAGCUCUGUUGACGAUCAUCUCACCAUGGAGGACCUAAUAAGCUAUAGCUUCCAAGUUGCCAAAGGAAUGGAGUUCCUGUCUUCUCGAAAGUGCAUUCACAGGGAUCUAGCAGCAAGAAACAUCCUGCUCUCAGAAAAUAACGUGGUCAAAAUAUGCGACUUUGGACUUGCUAGAGAUGUCUACAAAGACCCAGACUAUGUUCGCAAGGGAGAUGCCCGUCUUCCUCUCAAGUGGAUGGCCCCAGAGACUAUUUUCGAUCGGGUUUAUACAACUCAAAGUGAUGUUUGGUCCUUUGGAGUUCUCCUCUGGGAGAUCUUUUCUUUGGGGGCUUCUCCAUAUCCUGGCGUUUGCAUUGAUGAGUCCUUCUGCAGGAGGCUUAAGGAAGGCACGAGAAUGAGACCUCCGGAAUAUGCCAACUCUGAAAUAUACCAGACCAUGUUGGAUUGCUGGAUGGAUCGCCCUACAGACAGACCCACAUUUGCAGAAUUGGUUGAACAUCUUGGAAAUCUUCUACAAGCAAGUGCACAACAGGAUGGGAAGGACUAUAUCCCCCUGACAGCAGGUGAAGUAGAAGGACGCUUACUGUCCUCUGAGCCUAAGGGGCCCUACAUCUGUCCUCAGAGUGGGGAAGCUGUAGAAAUUCACUACGACAUCCCAUCCUCCAUUGGACUGACCCAGCAGGGCAAGAGGUGCAGUCGGUCUCUCAGUGUGAAAACAUUUGAAGAUAUCCCUUUGGCACACAGCAGCAUAAUGGAGGGUCACACAGACAGUGGGAUGGGCUUCUCUUCAGAAGAAGUCAAGCGUUUGAAUCACGAGCUCCCAGCAACACCCAGUUUCAGUCAACUGCUACGCUGCAAAAGCAAAGAGUCCCUGGGAUCGGAGUCAUCCAAUCAGACGAGCGGAUAUCAGUCAGGGUACCACUCUGAUGACACAGACACUCCGAUCUACGCUAAUGAGGAGGUCAUUAUGAAGCACAACAUGCUGAAGAAGCCUCCUUUGCCCAAGAUGGUGGAAAAGUUCAGCACUGAGAUCCGCUACAGCACGCCACCCGUCUGACCCUAUGUAUUCCUCAUCUAUCUGACCUCCAUUUCCCUUGCUGUACAGAAUCUAUUUACUUUUCACAGGUAUUAUAAUCCAGGACCAAUGACAAAAGACAUAACUGGAAUUGCAGUUGGGUUGAGAGAUUUUCUUAAAAGGAAACCCAGGAAGUCAGCAGAGAACAAGGAGAACUUAUCAUAUGAUACGUUUGUUCUUGGUCUUUUUUUUUGGACAGCCGGAACAAAGGACGUUUACGCAGAAUGUAAAGCCAGAGAGCACGCCCACUUCCUGAGGCACAAUUCACCAACUUCCUCUGCUGCAGGAAACGUAUCUGGAGUUUUAGAUAAUUAAAUCAGGAAGCUCUUUCUUUCAUUCUUUCAUUUGUUCAUUAUGCUUUUUUGUGUGUCAUUUCGUUGACACAAUAAAAGGUCAGUUCUCAGUCUGUUGUUUGUUUCCUGAGCACAUUUGUACAGCUCACUUUUCACUUUUUUUGCAGUAUUUUAUUGAAAAUAGAUUACUUAACCUGGAUCUAAUGUAACUAGUUUUAUAAAAUUUAAGUACUCACAUCUGAUGUUCUUGAGUGUUUGUUUUUUAUCAGCCUUUUGUUUGAGAAGGAUAGUGUCCAUUACUAUUUAUGAUAAUACUUGAGUCUGUCUUGUCCGUUUGUUUCAACCAUAAAUGUCUCAUUUCCUCCGAACGUGCCUUGCCCAAAGUAAACAAUUCUUUCUCAGCCUUGGCUUCUCACUGUGUGUUUGAAUGCAUUAAAGGAACAAUGUUGUGUCAACCUUGGGUAUUU